GCGUGAUAGAGGGCGAGAGAGGGCAAUGGAGAGAGCAAGAGAGGGGAGCAAGAGUGCGGUGGGGGUGGGUGAGCGACCGACAAUGUGCCGAGGAAGGUCGUUGCAGCGCGCUCGAGGCCAUGUUCUGCCCAGACGUGCGCAGUCUCCGACUCGGCUGCCCCGCGAGUCGCCAAUUGACGCGAUCUCGCGCGUCCUCGCGGAUCGCUGCUGUCUCCGCAGCGCUCAAUGGCGUGCGCUGCGCGGAUGCCGAGUCUGGGCCCCGGCUCUCGCGGGCGCUGUGCACAUGACCGCAGCGGCGCACGCACCGCCGCGCUCUAGGAGAUGCACCUCUUAAACGGCGUGGGACUGCGGUACUAUAUUGUUACGAGUCGCGGCGGACUCGAUUGGCGACGAGCACGGAGAGGUGUGGCAUGACAUAGGGGGGGUGAGGCCAGCUCGGUGCUUCCCCACCUUUUUUCAGACUUCACCGCGCAGCGAGUCUCACCUUUGCUGCGUCUCCUCUGACUCAGUACGCGCCGGACUCGUGCUGGUUGAGCGCUGGCCUCAUGUUGAAGACGACGGAAUCACAUCCGCCAGCAUCUCAUUACGAUCAGGCUAACCCCAGGCCCCUACUUCACGGCCUUCCCCAAUCUCCAGGAGGCCAUGAAGAACAACACCCCAAUUUACACCAAGUCGCGCGCGUGCACAAUCGUGCCAAACUUUGUCGGGCUCAAGUUCAUGGUGCACAACGGCAAGGACUACCUGCCUGUCACGGUCACUGAGGAGAUGGUCGGGCACAAGCUCGGCGAGUUUAGCUUGACGCGCAAGAAGUUCACCUUCAGGUGA